UCCGCCGCCGCGGUGCGCCGGGGCGCCCUGGCUCGCCGCGGCAUGAUCACCGGCCGCGGGACGGGCAGGCAGCGGCGCCCCGGCGCAGGACUGGGGCUGGCCGAGGAUGCUGUGACCCCCGGCGCGGCCUUGCCCACCCGGCCGGUACCGGCUCCACCACCGGCACCGGGCGGCAGCUUCUGAGAUAGAUGGUGGUGGCCAAGAUGAGCGGCGGAGCUCCUCCCCUUGGCCCUGGCCGGAGGGACCCCUGAGGAUCCCUGCCUCGCCCCAGCGUCUGGCUCCGUCUGUGGGAGGUUUUGGUUUUCUUUUUAUGGUUAUUACUGUUUUUCUGUGGUGUGUGGCUCUCGCUGCAGCGAAGGUGGAUGGCCCGUGGUGGGUGCAGCUGGCCCCACUGCCUCUGCAAGGGCAAGAUGGUGGUGGUGGGGGUGCUGGCCGGGCUCUCGGUGCUCAGCAUCCUCACCUACGGCUACCUGGCCUGGGACAGCCUUGGACUCGGCCCCGGAGGGACGGUGGCAGCGAGGGCUGGGAUGGGCGAGGAGCCGGGGGUCAGCUCCCGCAGCUCGCAGCCACACAUCGUCUUCAUCCUGGCUGAUGAUCAGGGCUUCAGAGACGUGGGGUACCACGGAUCCGAGAUCAGGACGCCCACUCUGGACAAGCUAGCUGCUGAAGGGGUUAAACUGGAGAACUAUUAUGUUCAGCCGAUGUGCACACCGUCCAGAAGUCAAUUUAUCACUGGAAAGUACCAGAUACACACCGGCCUUCAGCACUCCAUUAUACGGCCAAGCCAGCCCAACUGCUUACCUUUGGAUAACAUCACACUACCUCAGAAGCUGAAGGAGGUUGGUUAUUCAACACACAUGGUUGGCAAAUGGCACUUGGGAUUUUAUCGCAGAGAAUGCAUGCCCACGCAGAGAGGAUUUGACACUUUCUUUGGCUCCCUGUUAGGCAGCGGCGACUAUUACACCCACUUCAAAUGUGACAGCCCUGGAAUAUGUGGCUAUGACCUGUACGAGAAUGACAAUGCAGCUUGGGAUCACGACAGUGGCAUCUACUCCACGCAGAUGUACACACAGAAAGUACAACAAAUCUUGGCUUCUCAUAACCCCAGGAAACCUAUAUUCCUCUAUAUUGCUUACCAAGCUGUUCAUUCACCUUUGCAGGCACCAGGCAAGUAUUUUGAACAUUAUCGAUCGAUAAAUAACAUCAAUAGGCGAAGAUAUGCUGCAAUGCUGGCUUGUUUGGAUGAAGCCAUAAACAAUGUAACCCUUGCGUUAAAACAGUAUGGCUACUAUAAGAAUAGCAUUAUCAUAUAUUCUUCAGAUAAUGGUGGGCAGCCAAUGGCUGGAGGAAGCAACUGGCCUCUCCGAGGAAGCAAAGGGACCUAUUGGGAAGGAGGGAUCCGUGCUGUUGGGUUUGUCCAUAGUCCCCUUCUGAAAAACAAAGGGUCUGUGUGUAAGGAGCUUGUGCACAUCACAGACUGGUUCCCCACUUUGAUCACCCUGGCAGAAGGUCAGAUCGAUGAAGAUAUCCAGCUGGAUGGUUAUGAUAUAUGGGAAACCAUUAGUGAAGGCAGACGUUCGCCACGGGUAGACAUCCUGCACAACAUUGACCCAAUUUACACCAAAGCCAAAAAUGGGUCCUGGGCAGCUGGCUAUGGGAUCUGGAACACUGCAAUUCAGUCUGCCAUCAGAGUGAAUCAUUGGAAACUACUGACAGGAAAUCCAGGAUACAGUGACUGGGUACCCCCCCAGGCCUUCAGUAAUGCAGGCCCUAACCGCUGGCACAAUGAACGCGUUUCUUGGUCAGCUGGCAAAACAGUGUGGCUCUUCAACAUCACUGCUGAUCCCUAUGAACGAGUGGAUCUCUCCACAAGGUAUCCAGAUGUAGUGAAGCAGCUGCUACGGAGGCUUUCACAGUUCAAUAAGACGGCAGUUCCCGUUCGAUACCCACCGAAGGACCCUCGGAGUAACCCGAAGCUGAAUGGAGGAGUCUGGGGUCCGUGGUUUAAAGAGGAUGAGAAGAAGAAGAAAGCUGAUAAAAAUAAAGGUGUGAAUAAGCAAAAGAAGAACAAGAAAAAAACAAAUCAGAAAAAAGGACAGUCAUUACAUUGCCAUUCACAUCUUGCUGGUGGAUAAACUCUAAGCACGCUCUUUUGCCAAGUCCAAGUCAGCUUAGCCAAACUUCUUGAGGUUCAUACAGAAUAUACUAGAAAUGCUAGCUCUGGACUGUGGAUGAAGGUUGUCAUCUUUAAUUUUGUUCUCUGAUUUCACCAGCACAGGAUAUGUCAAAGCUUCGCCUUGAGUGUACGUAAGCAUCUACAUGACAAACUUUCUCCUAUACAGGAUGAAUGGUGCUUGCCCAUCACUGCUGAAUUCUAGAUAACAACGGCAGUAAUAUCUCAUUUCUGUAAACUAAUUUUUGAUGGACAAAUGGCGGUUUCUUGCCUAACUUAGUUGGAAUAUUUGGAGAGUAUGGAGAUGUUAGUGGCAGAUGUUCUCAAAUUUACAAAGUGAUUCAUAGAGAGAAAGGGAAAACAAAACUUGAGAAACUCUGUGGGUCAGAAAGUGUUAGUCACCAAGCCAUGACCUUCUUUGAUGCAGCAGCAAAAACCUGAAGCCACCAGAGUAACCUCUUGGAGGUGCUGGGCAGGGGGCCAUGGCCAUGAUGGUGGGAGGAAAGCUGCUGUGAAUUAGACUUUGUCUGUCUUACAUAAAUCAGAAAUAUUUUUUAAAUGUCCUAGAUGUGCUAAGCUCCCCCAUUUGUAAUAGAACAAGAAGGUUGUUAUUCAACACACAUGAAGAGCUAGCACAUGCCAGAUAUAAUUUAUUAUAGGCAUAGAGAAAAACAUAUCACCAAAGUGAAUGUAAUAUUUUAACACUUUAAGAUAACUAUACAGCAAUAUGUAAAAGACAUAAUUUAUUUUACAGCACAGUACUUACUUCUCCUCCAUUAAAACUUUAAUUACAGGCUGACGCAAGGUACCCCUUUGGGUGCUAGGGUUGUUUGGGUUUUUUUCCUUUGAUUUUUAAUUUUAUUUCCACUCUAUUAUUCAGAGAUUUUAUUUAACGAAUCCAUAUCCUCAGAGUACUGUAAAAGAAAAUACUGUAUACACUGCUAGGAAGAGAAAGGAGAAUGAUUCAGGUGCAUCAUUUCAUUAUGUAUUAACCUCCAAUUACUUUGAAUGUAACAGAAUGAUUAUUUAAUUUAGUAGUCACAUGAAUAUUGUUCAGUUUCUGUACAGAAGCUAGGUCAUCUUCAUGUUUGGGGGGAAAUUCUACUUUAAACCUUUUAUUUAUGUAUGUAUUAAAAUGGUUUAAUUUUUAUGGCAUUCAUAAAAGUAACCUGCCUUUUUUUUUUUUUGCAUUAAAUACAGCAAUUCUGUUCUUGUUUAUUUUAAAUACUCAUAUUUUAAAAAACUUAUUUUUAAAUUUCAGCUUUUUAUUACUAUUAUUUUUGGUUCAGGGAUGAUAUUUUAUACCAUUUCAUUUCUGAAACAGAAUUUCUUCUUGCAAUAUGUACAUCAUUUGAGACACAGUUCAAACUUUGCCCUUUUCCAAGGCGUCUGCAUGGAUGAUUAACGGCUAUACUGACUGCAUAUUCUUGGUGGUCUUGGCGAUAAUUGAUACAAUGCAUACAUACAUAUAAGUUUCAAGAUAAAUUAUGUUAAGUAAAAUUGAUGAUUCAUUUGUUCAACAGCUGUAACAUUUUGGUAAAAUUUAAAAUAAGGCUGCUUUUCAACUACCUCUCACUUGACUCAGAAGUCACAUUUAUAUAAAUGGAUUAGAGUUGGAAAAUUAAACAUCCAUAAAAUUAGUGCACGCUAAAAUAUGAAUCAUAUCAAAUGCUCCAAAAUUGCAUGACCUUUUUUAAAAAGAAACUAACUGCAGACAUAUACUGCCAAACCCUAGUAAUUUUCAUAUUUGCAGCUCUGAAACAGAAUAAACCUGUUAUUAACAAAAACUUACAAACAACACUUGUCAUAUUUUAGAAUUAUGUUUUGUAGUGAAUAUACUGGAGAGAGCACAGAAAUGGAAUCCUGGAAGUUACCUAUAAAUUGUAAUUAUAAAAAGAUGAUGUGUAUCUGCAUAAGUAUUUAAUAUUCACUGUUAUUUUUCAUACUGUAUGGUCCUUAGGAGGAGUAAUUAAUUUUCUUAGAAAUCUGUCUAGCUUUAAGAUUCAGACUAUUCAGUGAGUGAUCAGAAACUCAAAUGUUCUCUGAUUUCUCACUUUCUUUUUUUUUUAAUGUACACUUGAUGUCCUUAAAGGAAAUAUGAAUAACUAUAGUCCAAAAUGUGAUAUAUAAAAUUCAGGUCUUUGAGAAAAUACAUCUGUUUUGUCUUGGAGGAAAAGUGAGACUUUUUAAGUUAGCCUGGUUCAGCUACCAAUACACAGGUAUACAUACGAAUGGGACAAAGAU